CGGCGGGGCCCGGCGCAAGGGAUGCCGGGAAGGGGGCGGGCACCGCACCUGGGGGCGUGGCCGGGGCCGUCCCGUGUCGUAGCCGCUGGUACCGGGCGGGCCAGGGGCCGCAUCCGGAUCGGCGCCGGGAUGGAGCGGUUCGUGGAGGGGAACCGGGCGGCUCUGCAGGAGCGCAUCCAGCAUCACCAGGAGGUCCACGUGGUGAUGGGCAACGAGGCCUGCGACCUGGACUCCACCGUCUCAGCCCUGGCCCUGGCUUAUUUCCUGGCACAGACCUCCCCGGCUCCCAAAGCCGCCUUCAUCCCAGUGCUGAACAUCCCUCGCGCCGACUUCCCGCUGCGGACGGAGACCACGUUCCUGCUGCAGGAGCAGGGCAUCCCCGCUGCCUCCCUCAUCUUCAGGGAUGAGAUCGACCUGGCGGGGCUGCACCGCGCUGGGCUGCUCUCCCUCACCCUGGUUGAUCACAAUGUCCUGCCCAGCACCGAUGCAGCCCUGGAGGAUGCUGUAGUGGAGGUCCUGGAUCACCGGCCGCUGGAACGGGCCCGAGGUCCCGGCUGCCCGGUGACGGUGGCACUGGUGGGGUCCUGCGCCACGCUGGUGACCGAGCGCAUGGCCCAAGGUCCCCCGGGGGUGCUGGACCGAGCCACGGCCACGCUGCUGCACGCCACCAUCCUCCUGGACUCCAUCAACCUGAGCCCAGCCGCUGGCAAGGUGACACCCAGGGACGUGGCGUGUGUCUCCCUGCUCGAGGAGAGGUUCCCCGACCUGCCAGCCCGGGACACCAUCUUCAGGACCCUGCAAGCCACCAAGUUUGAUGUCUCGGGGCUGACAACGGAGCAGAUGCUGCGCAAGGACCUCAAAGUCCUCUCUGGUGAUGAGCUGGUCCUCGCCAUCAGUGCCAUCUACGUGGACCUGGAAACCUUCCUGCACAGGCCCAGUUUGCUGCAGGACCUGGAUGCUUUCUGCCAGGCUCAGGGCUACACGGGGCUGGUGGCCAUGAUCGUCCCUUACAACGAGAGCAAUGUGCUCACCCGGCAGCUCAUGGUCUACAGCCAGCACGAGACCUUCCGCAAUGCUGUGUGCCGGGCACUGGAGGAGGCCACGACACCGGCCCUGCACCUCCAGCCCAUCCCGAGCCCCUGGUCCUGUAUCACUGCCUACAACCAGGGCAACGCUUUGGCAUCGAGGAAGAAGGUGCUGCCCAUCCUCAGGGCAGCGCUGGUGGGGCCUGGGGCUGCCCUGGGGGGGGCGGAGGAGGAGGUGGUGCCACCCCCGACCCCUAUGAACAGCCUGGUGGAGGAAUGUCCCCUGGCACAGGCUGUGCCCCCCCUCUGUCCCCAGGAUGUCCUGGAGCGCGUCAGCCGCAUCGCUGCGGGGCAGCCCCCGGGCUCCCCCAAGUAACAGCACCAGCACCAGCCCCCCGUGGAUGUGGGGGCCCACACAAUGAGGUGGGGUCACUGGGCAGGUCCUGGUGGGCUGUUUGGGCAUAGAGGGGGUGCAGCCACCUCCGUUAGCACUCAGCUCCCUGAUGGGGAUGGGGUCCCGUUGCAGUUUGCACCCCCUGCCCCAAUGGCCCUGCUGGGGUUUGGUCCUCCCAAGUGGGGACCCCAUGGGCAUUAGGGCCAGCAGCACUCGCAUGCACUUUAACAAAGGCAUUGGGGAGGUUAACAGGUUCCUGCCAUUCUUCCUUGGGGUGGCUUUGGGGGUCCCGGAUGGUGGGGCUGGAUGUGCAGCCAGCCCGAUGCUAUCACCCAUGUGCUCUGAGGAUUAAACUUCCCUCUUC